AUGGAGACCAGAGUUGUGGAGGAUCAUGUACAGCUCGCAAAUGCCACUGGGAACGUUCCUUUGUUAGCGAGGCUGGUAAACUAUCAGCCGUUGUUCAGUACGCAGCCAAAAUUGAAGUCCUAUCCACUUAGCGAACUGUCGUCGCCGGAACAGAGAGGUAUACAGGAAGCUCUAGUUGUCAGGGACCUUUUGAAUGUUUUAGUGGGCCUGGAGGGCGUUUAUAUCCGAUACAACAACAGCUACGAUCCGCACAGCGGGGCGGUUCCCGAUUUCAAAAUUGCCAAAAUGAUGGAUCCGUCAUUCAAAUCGUUCAGCAAGAGGAUCGCGAGACUGGGAAAAUACUAUGUUGUCCUCACAAAGACGGCAGAGAAGUGGUCUGAACCUUCAUUUGGCAGCAUUUUACACCGCUUAGGGUUCGAAAUCAAGCAAUUUCUCAGAUUCACGUACUUGAGCUUCAUUUCUGGCAGACUGGAGAGGGAUUUUAGGGAAAGCACCACCUUUUCCAUCAGUGAACUUGAGCAGUCGUUAAAUGAUGCCGAGAUUACGAAACAAAUGGAGAUCUUGUUCACGAUGGUCGAACGGAUAGACAGAGAGGACAGGGCAAGGAGACACAUGGAUCACGUAAAAGAGGACUUUGAUAAUUUUAUCAACGAUUUGAAAGACCAGUCUGAUAGGGGAUACAUAUUAGCGACGGACACUAGAAUGUUACCGAUAGCCAAAGGCGCGGUGAUACUUAGAAUAAUUCAGACUAUGGUGCAUGAGAAUUUGGGCGAUCGUUAUAGUGUGAGCUUUCUGCAGAAAAUCCUCAACAGCGUCGCAGGGAAUUAUUGUGACAUGCUAUUUCUUUGGCUCACUGAAGGCAGGCUGAACGAUCCAUACGACGAAUUCAUGGUGGUAGACACUAUGAACAGCGUCAAUGACGUCACUUCGUAUCUCCAAUACGGUGACCGACUCUGGGAUACUCAAUAUGUCAUCCGGAAGGACGGCAUUCUUGAACAGUUUGAACCGAAUGAUGACAAUGAGCUCCUGUUUAUGGUUUUAACCACUGGAAAGCUGGUAAAUCUCAUAAAAACCAGCUUAGGAAAGGUGGACUUUACCUUAGCUACAAGUGCCACCGAUGAGAUAACGAAUUUUUCAGAUCUCAUGGAAGGUUCAAAUCUAGAACUCUACGUUGACAAAUGGUAUAAGGAGGCUAACAGGCUUUGCCUCAAGAUGUAUUUCGAAGGAUAUGAUUUGAUGGCAUUUUUCAAGAUGCUGGAGAAGCAUUAUUUGGGAUAUCACAAUAUUGCCGGAAUCACUAAAUUUCUACAAAAAAACAUGGUAGAAUUGACUAGACGAUUUAAAAAAAAUGGGUACGAUCAGGAAAAACUUCAGCGAACCUUUCAAAAUGAACUCAAGUCCAACCUGUCGAGCAAUGAGGACCUGGUGAAACAGCUGCUCAAUUUACAGCUAGACGAUCAAUCUUUCGAAGAAGUUAUCAUGGAGUAUGUUGGCCAAGAUUAUAGUACCAACGGGGGAAGAACAAUGUCCAAUCAAGAUGAUGGUGAUCGACUGUUGAGCGCGAACAAUUUUCAGAAUCUGAAGGAUAUACUACUACAAGAACUGAAGCCAUUAUCGUCUGGAGCAGAUGGCCUAAAAGCUGCCAAGAGUACUAUUUACCAUCUCAACUUCGAGAUCAUAGUUCCAUUUCCUCUGAGCAUUAUAGUAACCAGAACUUGCAUCGUCCAAUAUCAAAUUAUAUCAAGAUAUUCAUUCCUGCUUCAAUACAACAGCAAAUUGUUGGAUGACACAUGGAUCGAGAUCAACAAGAACGCCUCAUGGAGAUACACCGGCUUCUCUAAACAAGUACGCCUCCUGAUUAUAAGAAAAAGCCGAGUGGUGCACAACAGAAUGAACCAGUUCAUCAAGCUGAUCCUAGAAUACUUCACCCAGGUUGUUGUGGAGAGGGAGAUAAAGAUCACAUCCAAGACGAGCCAGAAGCGAGCUACAAUCACAGACUGGCAGUUGUCGUUGCAAGAAAGCUUAACCAACAUAAUGACUAACUGUUGCCUGUCCCAACUUAUCGAAAUCCAACUGCAAAUUUUCGAAAUCAUUCACAAGUUUUGCAAAUUUAUUACUUCGAUGAGGCGUGAAUUUUGCCAACUAGAUCCUCAUCUCUUCCAGCUAUAUCUGGAAAGCCACAGUAGGCGACAGAACAAGCCUUCAAGACUUUACAGUUCGGAAGAAUCGACAAAGAUAAUAUCGGAGUACACCAGAUUCGUCGACUUAGCGGCAAACGGAUUUAAUCAGCACAUCGCGGCAUUCAAGGAGGGACUGAUGCAUCAUUACUCUGCCAACGGCUCCAAGGACACCAGCAGCGACGAUAACCAUAAUACAGCGAGACUGCUAGCCUGUUUACCCGGCUAG